AUGAAUCCCCAGAAAACUUCACAUCAGAAUGCUUCGAAUACGUCGAAUGAAACCAAUUGUCAAACAAAACAUCCUGUAAGUAUUUUGCGUAAUGGUCGAUUAUCAAGGGAUAGUCAAUCCGAUGCAAAAUAUUCUGAAAACAUAAAACGUUCCUCUUCAACUACACCGAAAACAGUAAAAAUUGAUGAACGAUUUCUUUCAUCGCCAAGACAACAACAACAACAACAAAUGAAAGAAUCAAGUCUGUUGAAUUCAUCUAUACCAACGCCAACACCAACAUCACUGCUACCUCUUCCAUUAGCAACAUCUCUAGCAUCUGUAUCCUUACCAUCAUCAUCAUCGUCAUCGUCAUCAAGUUAUUUUGUACAAUAUCCUCAAAGUGGUCAUUCAAAUCUGCCCCUUCCGCCUACUCCCUUGCAACAACAACAACAACAACAACAAUCAACAAUUACAUCAAUAUCAUUCUCAGCAAUACCUAAUUCUAUGCAGAUGAUAAGUAAUGAUUCAAGAAAUAUGUACAUUCAACAUAUCCACUUAGCUAGACAUAUGCUGAAGAAGAAAUUAACUGCCGAAAGUAUUGAUCUUACUCAACCACCUUAUUCUGAUGAGAGUGGACGUGCAAACAUUCCUUUACGUUUAAUUCAACGUUAUUCAUUUGAGACUAAUUUGGAUCUAAUUACAGUUGCAAUGGGGUUGGAAGCUGAAAGGGAUGCAAAUUUGAGGGAAAUGCGAAGACCUGUGAUAUCAUACAACGAUGAGAUUCGAUCACAACGUUUUCUUAAUUGUGAUGGAAUAAAGACUGGAAGUCUACAAGAAUUUUUAGUUACAAUCGGUUUACCAAUGUACAUAAAUCAUAUACUUCAUUAUAGUAUCACUGUAAAUACUACUGAUAACAAUAAUAGUAGUAUUAUGAAAGGUUGUCCUGGAGGUGGUAAUAGUAAUAAUAGUAAUAAGUGUAAUAAUAAAUUUAUACCAAUGACACCAGCAGAUCUGCUUAAAAUGUCCAAUUAUCAACUACAAGAGAAAUUUAACUUUCUACCCAUUCAUAUUCAAUGGCUUCGUCAGGAAGCAUCGGUUAUCCCAUGGAUAUUGUUGGGUCAAACAUAUUCAACAAAGUGCUUGUUGGGUAGUAAUACACCAAACAGUAAUAAUAAUAAUAAUAAUAAUAAUAAUAAUAAUAAUAGCUUACCACGUGGAUCUAAUGUUAACACUUCUAGUGGACGAAGUUUAUCUCAGUUGAGAAAAGUACAACAUCAACAGCAUCAUCACCUUCAACAACAUCCAUCACAAUUACAACAUCAUGAACAACAGAAAGUAGAAAAUGUCAUCAAUCUUGAACAGAUUGUUGAUAAAGUUUAAAAAUGGAAUGGUAUAUAAAUGUAAACUGUUUUUUUCUUUCUGAUAUGAAUAAACUGAAAUUUAUUACUACAA